ACAACAGAUCGCCAUACAACAAUAACAGCAAAAAUGCGAACAAACUAUUCAAAAAUUGAACACCAAUAUGAUGUGUGGCAUUUAAGUAAAUGGGUCACCAAAAAGCUGACAAAGAAGGCAAAAAAGAAAGGGUGUGAAGAGUUGCUGCCAUGGAUACAGAGUGUGUCUAAUCAUUUGUGGUGGUGUGCUGCAACAUGUGAUAAGAAUGCCAAUAUCCUAAGGGAAAAGUGGCUAUCGCUGUUACAACACAUCACUGGUAAGCAUAGUUGGAGGCUCUCUAAGGAAAUUAAACUAAUAAAGAAAUGUGGACACCCUAGGCUGACUGCAAAAGACCAGAAAAGCAUCAUAUGGCUGAAAAAUGGUUCACUUGCUCAUGUUGCCUUAGAGGAAGUUGUGACCAACAAGAAGCUGCUGAAAGAUAUUUGUAAGUUGACAGAGUUCCGUCGCACUGGUGAGUUAGAGUCCUACCAUUCUGUUAUGACAAAAUAUGUACCAAAACGUGAGCAUUUUUGUUACAACGGAAUGAUAGCUCGAACUCAGUUAGCUGUCUUAGAUCACAAUGCAAAUGUGGAUAGGAGUCAGGCAGAAGUCAUGAAGGGCCAGAGCAAAGGUGAGAAGAGGUACAAGGUUGUUUGUGGCAAACAGAGGAAGAAUUGGGUGGCCAAGGAGAUCAAGACCCCAAAGUCCUACAGCCAUGUUAUGGGUAUGAUGAAUGAUGUCAUUUUGUACAAGGAAGGCAAAAAAAAAAUUAAGUAUAAGCCAACUACCCAAGCUAAAUGCAUAGCACCAACUCCCAAGCCACCAAAACAAGAUGUUAUUGAACAACACAAAACCAGAUUGAACCAAAAACAGUGA